AUGGAGACGACAUACUCGGCGGAGGAGCUGGCAGCGAUGCCGGACCGCAUCGCGGCCACCUUCAGCAACCGCUCCGUUUUCGUCACCGGCGGCACCGGCUUCAUGGGCAAGGUGCUGGUCGAGAAACUGCUCAGGAAGUGUCCGGACAUUAAGCAGAUUCUGCUGUUGGUGCGGCAGAAGAAAGGCAAGACGCCGCGUCAGCGCAUGGAGGACACGCUCAAAGAUCCCUUGUUCGAGAAAGUACGCACAAUGCGCGGCGGCAUUGAACCUCUCCUGGACAAGAUGACACUCAUCGCUGGAGACGCAAGCGAGCCAGAUCUUGGACUUAGCCCGGCUGAUCGUCAGAAGAUCAUUGAAGAAGCUGACAUCAUCAUACAUGCUGCUGCUACUAUCAGGUUCGACGAGGAACUGAGGAAAGCGGUGCUGCUGAACGUACGCGGAACUAAACUCGUAUUGGAACUUGGGAAGAAGUGCAAACAUCUUCUGCUGUUUAUCCACAUCUCGACCGCCUACUGCCAUCUCCACGAAAAGCUUCUAGAAGAAAAACCCUACCCUCCCCCUGCCGACCCUCACAAGAUCAUCCAGAUCAUGGAAUGGAUGGACGAUGCUACCGUGGCUGCUGUGACGCCUUUCUUGCUGAAGAAGCUACCGAACUCGUACGCAUUCACGAAGGCACUUGGCGAAGCUCUGGUCGUUGAAGCCCUAGACAUUUUGCCGAUUGGCAUUCUGCGGCCCUCCAUCGUUAUCCCAAUUUACCAAGAGCCACUCCCGGGCUGGACAGACAACAUAAAUGGACCUACGGGACUGCUUAUCGGGGCCGGCAAGGGCGUCAUCAGGUCUAUGUACUGCAAGAGUAACAGCUACGCCGACUAUCUGCCAGUCGACGUUUUCAUCAACGGCAUCAUGAUCUGCUGCUGGGAGUACAUCGAGCAGGGUGUCCAUCAUAUAAAUGUCAUCAACUUCACAUCUUCAGCAGAGGUCAAAAUAACAUGGGAGGAGAUGAUAGAAGCUGGCAGAGAAAUCAUUUUGAACAGAGUGCCGCUCAACGGAGUUGCCUGGUAUCCCGGCGGAUCGAUGAAGCACUCCCGUCUGUACCACAACAUUUGUGUGCUGCUGUUCCACUGGCUGCCCGCCAUCUUGGUCGACUGCCUGCUCUGGUGUCUCCGCUACGAACCUGUCCUGUGCCGCGUCCAACGUCGCGUGACAAAAGGCUUCGAGGUGUUCGAAUACUACACCAAUAACCAGUGGGACUUCCAUUCAGACAUCGGUCAGCAGUACAGAAACGAUCUCAACCCACGGGAAAGGCUGGAGUACAAAGUUGAUGCCAGUGGUCUAGAUAUCAAGCGUUACUUCGAAGACUGCAUCUUAGCAGCGCGUCGCUACAUCCUCAAGGAGACAGAUGACACCAUCCCAGCCGCCAAGAGACACAUGAAAGUGAUGUGGUGCGUCGACAAGCUGUUCCGCAUUUGUUUUUGGGCGCUGCUGCUGUACUGGAUCAGCGGGUGGUUCUCUUCCACCCCCACCGCCGUCCCUGAAGCCAUCUCCACAUAACCUCGACUC